AUGAAACCAAAGCUGCUUCCUCUGAUAGCCUUCAGUGUUCCUGGUCCGUUUUUUUUUUCUUUUUUAAAAAACUUUUUAACACUGAAUUUGUUUACCUCCUUUAUCAACAUUUUUUUGUACUUAACCGCUAACUGUUUGUUUGGCUUCAGUGACAGAAAAGAUUUAUUAGGCACGGUGGCUGAGCUGAAGCACGCUCACCACAAGCUGAGUGAGCAGAACAGCAGCCUGUUGAGGACGGUGGCUCAGUGUGAAGACAUCAACCUGCAGCUCACUCUGGAGAUCACAGAGCUGAGAGCCAAGCUGGUCAGUGCUCAGCGGUCAGCGGCAAGAGCCAGAUCCUUGUCAGAAGAGCUUGAGGAGACCCGUCGGGCAUAUAAAGAGGCUCAGGAGAGAGGCAGCCGCACCCAAACCAGCUGCACCAAACUGAGCAAUGAGGUGGAGUGCCUGAAGGUUCACAUUCGCAGGCUUGAAGACAAGAAUGACAAACUCACCUUUGAGAGAACAUGUUCUGAAGAUGGCAUCAAUAAACUGAGGAAGGUCAACGCUGACUUGAGGGCUGAACUUGAGGAAACCCUGGUUAUGUUGACGCUGAGGGACAGAGAAAUCACAAAGAAAGAGAUUCUCAUGGAUAAGAUGAAAAACUCUCAUGUGGAGAAUCACAACAUGAUCGAGGGUCUGCAGUCAGAGCUGAGGAGGUUACAAGAACAUUCACACCAAGUUCUUUUGAGGUAUGACAGACACUUUAUUGGCCCUCAGAAUCUCUACAGUCGAGAUCCUCCUAACCACCGCUCUCUACAGAGUGAGAUGCAGGAUAUGCAGCAGGCACCACAGAGCUCUGGACGAUAUAAACCUCCCAUCCCUGCACAGUGA